AUGGAGCCACCGGGGACCCGGGAGGCCUGGCUGCUGCUGCUACUGCUGGGGGUCUCAGAGGUGAACAGUGGCUCCGAAACUUCGAAUCCAGAAAAGCCGAGCAAGAUCUGCCAGGGCGUCGUCAACAAGGGCCAGUACGACCAGUUCGCCCUGGAGAGUACUGCCGAGUGCUUCUCCCGGUGCAGACCCGGCAGCCCCGAGCCCUGCCACCUGAGCAACCUGCAGAGGUACUGGCUGGACGUGGAGAUCUUCCUGGUGGAGAAGAGCAGGCAGUCAUGGAACACUCCCUUCUUGAAUGUCUCUGUCAAGAACGUCAGCACCAGCGUCUCCGAAGACCUGCACUUCUCUCUGAACCCCUUUGAGGUUCCGAGGCAGGUGACGCAGGAGCAAAAGCCCCCAAACAGGGUCCGGCUGCCGCAGAGCCUUUUCAGGUCCCUGCAGGGCCGAGGGGAGGAGGUCCGUCUGGCCGUCACCAUCCUGGACAUCGGCACCGGGACGGUUUUCAAGGGCCCGCAGCAGAGCCCGGAGGAAGGCAGCCGGCCGCUCAAUGACCGCCUGGUGGGGCUGAGCGUGGGCCGUGGGCCCAUCCACAGGCUGCCCGAGCCCCUGGAGAUCACCUUCGCCCACCCGCAGCAGCCCCCUAACAUGACCUCCACCUGUGUCUUCUGGGAUGUGCGUGAAGGGCCGACAGGAGACUGGUCUUCCCGUGGCUGCUCCACGGAUCGGGGGCCCGAGAGGACCGUGUGCCGCUGUGACCACCUGACCUUCUUCACCCUGCUCCUGAGGCCGGUCCUGGACAGGGCCACCGCGCUGGCUCUCACACGCAUCUCCCAGGCGGGCUGCGGCGCCUCCAUGAUCUUCCUGACCUUCACCGUCAUCCUCUAUGUCACCCUGAGGUUCUCCCGGCAAAGGUUCAAGUCGGAAGACACCCCCAAGAUCCACGUGGCCCUGAGCGUGAGCUUGUUUCUCCUGAACCUGGCCUUUUUUAUCAGCCUGGGGCUGGGCACUGCGGGCACAGGGGCGGCCUGCAGGGCCCGGGGCGCCACCCUGCACUACUUCCUGCUCUGCACCUUCACCUGGAUGGGCCUGGAGGCCCUGCACCUCUACCUGCUGGUCAUCAAGGUCUUCAACACCUAUGUCAGCCACUACUUCCUGAAGCUCAGCGCCGUGGGCUGGGGCCUGCCUGCCCUUGUGGUCAUUGGCACGGCAAGUGCCGACAGCUAUGGGCCCUUCGCCAUCCGUGACCAGGACCUGCGCAUCUCGCUGGAGCUGUGCUGGUUCUGCGAGAAGACAGCCGUCUCUGCCCUCCACGUCACCGUCCACGGCUACUUCCUGGUCACCUUCCUCUGCAGCGCCGUGGUGCUGGUGCUGGUGGCCUGGAAGAUCUUCACCCUGUCCAGUGCCACGGCAGGCAAGGAACAGGGGCAGAGCUGGAAGGGAGUCCUCACUGUGCUGGGCCUCUGUAGCCUGCUGGGCAUGACGUGGGGGCUGGCCAUCCUCACGCCCCUGGGCCUGUCCACCGUCUACAUCUUCGCUGUGUUCAACUCCCUGCAAGGUGUCUUCAUCUUCUGCUGGUUCCUGGUGCUCUACUUUCCCAGCCAGCGGGCUGCGGCCUCCUCCUCGGGCACCGCACGGGUCGAUCCAGCCCCCGUCACAUCUCAUGGGUAGGGGGCUGCGGGCCCC